AUGGCUGAUGUUGCCUUUGAGUUGGCAAGCAAACUCAUUGAAAAGCUAAGCUCCAUUGCCUACGAUGAGAUUUGCUUGGUAUGGGGCGUCAAAGCAGACCUGCAGAAGCUGGGGCGCACCAUGUCAGCCAUCAAAGCUGUGCUCUUGGACGCUGAAGAGAAGCAAGCACAUAACAAGGAGCUACGCAGUUGGCUACGACAACUUAAAGAUGUGUUUCUUGAUGCCGAGGAUUUGUUGGAUGAGUUUGAGUGCCAAGCUCUGCGAAAGCAAACAUAUCAUGGCACCACUAGAAAGGUACGCCGUUUCUUUUCCCCUUCUAAUCCAAUCGCGUUCCGUUUGAAAGCAGGUCAUGAGAUCAAGGGGAUUAGGGAGAGGUUAGAUGAGCUUAAAGCUAAUAAGGCUAUAUUUGAUCUUCUCUCUAUUGACCAUCAUGGAAGAAAUCAUGAUGAUCAUCAUAGUAGUGUAAAGAACAUGAUGAUGAGAGAGAACAUGACCCACUCCUUUGUUCGUCCUUCGGAGGUUAUUGGUAGAGACUCUGAGAAAAAAGAAAUUGUUGAUCUUCUGCUGCAACAAGGUGAUAACCAAAAUGGCAACAAUAAGAAUGUUUCUGUCAUUCCAAUAGUGGGAAUUGGAGGUUUGGGGAAGACCACACUAGCCAAAUUGCUGUACAAUGAUGAAAGGGUUGUUGGGAACUUUGAAUUGAGGAUGUGGGUGUAUGUUUCAGUAGACUUUGAUAUUAUUAGACUAACAAAAGAGAUUCUUAGUUCUGCAUUAGAUACAGAGAUCAGUGAUAAGUUGUCUAUAGAUCAAUUGCAAGGAAAGCUACGCGACACUUUGAAGGAUAAGAAAUUUUUGCUUGUCUUGGAUGAUGUGUGGAUUGACGAUCGUAUAAAAUGGAGUGAGUUCAGAGAUGUAUUGAUAGAUGGAGCCAAAUUAGGAAGUAAAAUUUUAGUGACGACGCGUAAUAUCUCAGUUGCUUCAGUCACGAGCACAGUUCGAACAUACGUUAAUUUAAAACGCCUCUCUAAUGAGGAUUGCUUGUCUUUAUUUGUAAAAUGUGCAUUUGUAGAAGAAGAUGAGAAGAAACAUCCAAACCUCUUUGAAAUAGGAAAAGAUAUUGUGAGAAAGUGUGGAGGGGUUCCGUUGGCGGUGAGAACCUUAGGGUGUCAAUUGUACUCGGAGACUGAAGAACUCAAAUGGAAAUUGAUAAGAGACUCUGAGAUAUGGAAAUUAGAACGAGAAGGUGCUGGUCACAUUUUACCUGCUUUAAGAUUGAGUUAUACAAAACUGCCUUCUCAUUUGAAAAAUUGUCUUGCUUACUGUUUACUUCUUCCAAAGGGUACAUUUGGAUAUUAUAGCUUGGACUUGAUCUAUUGUUGGAUGGCACACGGAAUCCUUCAACCAAGGGAUCAUGAAAAUCUAGAGCUAGAAGAUGUUGGCGAGCUAUAUUUCAAAGAGUUAUGGGCGAGAUCUUUCUUUGAACAUGUUGAACUUGUGGACUAUCACUAUAAUCUCAGCUAUAGAUUUUCCAUGCAUGAUCUUAUCCACGACCUUGUACAAUCACUUGCAGAAGGUGAGUUCUCUAUAGUAAACUCUAGCACCAAAAACAUCUCUGAAAAUGUUAGACAUUUGCCAAUUCUGGAACUUGGCCAAAAUGGUUCAACAAUGCUAAGAAAGCUGAACAAAGUGCGAACUGUAACGGCUCGGGGUAUAAUUAUUGAUGAAUCCUUCCUUCUUACAUGCUUUUCAAGAUUCAAAUAUCUGCGUAUGCUCGGCUUGUUUGAUUUAUCAUUAAAAGGGUUGCCAAGUUCCAUUGGUACCCUAAAGCAUUUGAGAUAUCUGGACUUAGCUGGUAAUGAUGAAAUCAAGAAACUCCCCAACACAAUUUGCAAGUUACAGAGCUUGCAAAGCCUAGGCCUUCUUGGAUGUGAGAAUCUUGAAAACUUGCCUAGAGAUACAAGCAACUUGACUUGCCUCAGACUCCUUUUCUUAACCACAAGCAAACAAGUUUUUCGGAGAACGGAGUCGGAUGCUUGA